CCCCGGCCCCGCUCAAGACCCCGGCCCCCGGCGCCGCGCCCGCGCCUGUGUUCCCCUCCCCCUCGCGGUGGGGGCGGGGCGGCCGCGGCGCCCGGAGAGCGCAUUGAUCAGCAGCUUUGUUAUUGAUCGGAAAGUGCCCGCCGCCGGCUGGGUUAGGAGGCCGGACCUCUUCGACUUGUCGCCGGUCCCGUCCGCCAGCUGACAGGUGCUCCCGGACACUCGCCCGGGGACUCCUUGGCGCGCCCGGCUCCCCGCGUCCCCACCCCCCCUUUCCUCCCGCGCCCUCGCCCCCACCCCACCCCCACCGCCUCGGCACAGCGCAGGAUUUGUUUAAACCUUGGGAAACUGGUUCAGGUCCAGGUUUUGCUUUGAUCCUUUGCACAAACUGGAGACGCAGAAGAGGGCCCUCGGAGAAAGUCUUGGAUGGGAGUAUGUGGAAAGUACCCCGCGAGGCUCGGCGGCCAGAUCAGGCGCGGCGCGUCCCGCCCGGCGCGGCCCUCCCCCGGCGGCGCUGAGCCCGGCUCGGAGCCCCGCUCCCCCAGUGCCCGCCGGCCGCACACUCGCCCGCUCAGCCCAAUGCUCCUCUUCGGGCUCCUCCUGCUGACAUCCGCCCUGGCCGGCCAGAGACCCGGGACUCGGGCUGAGUCCAACCUGAGCAGUAAACUCCAGCUCUCCAGCAACAAGGAGCAGAACGGAGUACAAGAUCCCCAGCAUGAGAGAAUUAUUACUGUGUCUACUAAUGGAAGUAUUCACAGCCCGAGGUUUCCUCAUACUUAUCCAAGAAAUAUGGUCUUGGUAUGGAAAUUAGUAGCAGUGGAGGAAAACGUAUGGAUACAGCUCACAUUUGAUGAGAGAUUUGGGCUGGAAGAUCCAGAAGAUGACAUAUGCAAGUAUGAUUUUGUAGAGGUGGAAGAACCAAGUGAUGGAACCAUACUGGGGCGCUGGUGUGGUUCUGGCACAGUUCCGGGAAAGCAGAUUUCGAAAGGAAAUCAAAUCAGGAUAAGAUUUGUAUCUGAUGAAUAUUUUCCCUCGGAACCAGGGUUCUGCAUCCACUACAACAUCGUCACACCACAAUUCACAGAAACUGUGAGUCCCUCACUGCUACCCGCUGCAGCUCUGCCCCUGGACCUGCUUAACAAUGCUGUCACUGCCUUUAGUACCUUGGAAGAUCUGAUUCGGUACCUUGAACCAGACAGAUGGCAGCUGGACUUAGAAGAUCUAUACAGGCCAACCUGGCAACUUCUCGGCAAGGCUUUUGUUUUUGGAAGAAAAUCCAGAGUGGUGGAUCUGAACCUUCUCAAAGAAGAAGUGAGGCUAUACAGCUGCACCCCUAGGAACUUUUCAGUGUCUAUCAGGGAAGAGCUGAAGAGAACAGACACCAUCUUCUGGCCGGGCUGCCUCCUCGUCAAGCGUUGUGGCGGGAACUGUGCCUGCUGCAUGCACACCUGCAAUGAGUGUCAGUGUGUCCCCAGCAAAGUGACCAAGAAAUAUCACGAGGUCCUUCAGUUGAGACCCAAGACAGGUGUCCGGGGGCUGCACAAGUCCCUCACGGACGUGGCCCUGGAGCACCACGAGGAGUGUGACUGCGUGUGCAGAGGCAACCCGGGAGGAUAACGCCUCGUGCAGCCCCCUACCUGGCAAGGCGGGCUCAGGGCUGACUCUGCCGCCCAGCUCCCGCCUUAUCUCCAUCCUCCAUCUCGGCUGUUUGCUCCAGGGCCCUUUCAUCUUCAGGAUUUACAGCGUGUUCUGAAAGAGGAGACACCACGCAGAAGAAUUAGGGGUUUGGCAACAGCUCUUUGGAGAGGAAGCCCACAUGACAGGAGAAGAGGCCUUCCGCUGAGGAAAGGAAUGAACCUGGUAGAUUACUAGCUAGUUACAGAGUCCCCACAUGCUCACUGGGCUUUGUUUGUGUCUCAGUUGUCUGGAGGUGGCCUAGGUUCAUGUCAGCACAGGAAACACUGCCCGUGAGUGCCUGGUUCUGUUGCCUUGUUUAACUCUAAAGCUCUGUGCUCUGGGCCUAAAAAAUCACAGAAAUCUGGGAUUUUUCUUCUAUUUGCAUACAUAAGCCAGAGUGUUCUGUAUUCUACCAGCAUGGGUUUUAAAAAGGAACUAUGUUGUCAUAAAUUAAACUUGGGUCAGGCUGAUAGGAAAGACUGGAUUUUCCGUAUUUCUUAUUCAAAUGGCUACCAUUUAGGAGAAGAAAACUACAUUCGUGGUUUGGAAGAGACACACCUGAGAAGAGUGGCCUUAUCUUCACUUAAUCUAUAGGUUGGUUUAUUUGUUUAAUGUGUACAUUUUUAUAUUCUCCUUUUGACAUUAUAACUGCUUUUCUAAUCUUGUUAAAUAUAUCUAUUUUUACCAAAGGUAUUUAAUAUUCUUUUUUUAUGACAGCCUAGAUCAACUAUUUUUAGCUUGGUAAAUUUUUCUAAACAGAAUUGUUAUAGCCAGAGGAACAAAGAUGAUAUAAAAUAUUGUUACUCUGACAAAAAUACAUGUAUUUCAUUCUUGUAUGGUGCUAGAGCUUAGAUUAAUCUGAUUUUGAAAAUAUUGCAGUGGGAAAUGGAUAGAAUUUGGUGAGUUGCAAAGACUCUUUGAAAAUAAAUUACGUUUUCCACUCCUACUAUUGGAGACACCAGUAGGAAGCAGCAUAUAGGAUUAGGCAUCCAGAUCCAGGCAUUACUAACCCUUAACCCUAUCUUGGGAAAUGUGAGCCUAGCUCAGAAGAACAUAAAGCACCUUGAAAAAAAGAGACUUGACAGCUUCCUGACAAAGGGUGCUUUUCCGUCCUGUAGGAACACAUCCUAUUUAUUGUGAUGUUCUGGUUAGAUUAUCUUUAAACUCUGUUCCAUACACUUGUAUAAAUACAUGGAUAUUUUUAUGUACAGAAGUAUAUCCUUUAACCAAUUCACUUAUUGUACUCUUUGGCAAUGGUAAGGAAAAUCAGUCAAAUACUUUGCUUGUAAAAUGCUUAAUAUCGUGCCUAGGUUAUGUGGUGACUAUUUGAAUUAAAAUGUAUUGAAUCACCAAAUAAAAGAAUGCAGCUAUUUCGGGGAGAAACUAAGUGUGUGUGUCCAAGAUUUGUCUCAGACUACAAGAAAAUAAAAGUGACUAUGUUUUA